GGUAAUUUUGGUAACAAGCCUAUUUACUGCACACGAGCGAUUCCCUUUAAGCCUGUACUUGAUUGGUUGUGAGCGCUACGACGGAAUAUCAGUAGCACACCGUCAAUUCACGCGUUCUACUGUAGAUGAGGAACACUAUUUUCUCGCCCGAAGAUUAACCAGAGGCAAAUCGCACAGUCCUUGAGGCAGGUAAGUCGUUUACCUCGCCGCAGUACAUCUCAUAUCAAUGCGAGAGUAACAUGCGUCGAACGCGGUUGUGGAAAUACAGAACCAUUUUCCUCACAAAGUGUCAUCGUUUGUGUUUCGUCAUUUUGAGAUCGCAGUGACUUCCAGAUACACGAUUACACUCGAUCGGUAUUCCCCAGACAGGUGGAGACGGGAUCUACCAUCGACGGAAAUGAGUACUUCUUUCCCUUCUCACAGUUUCUCAACGACUUCCGAAUCGUCGUCGACAUUUUCAUCACUGCAUUCGUCGCAUCCGCCCUGGAAGUCGUUGCCGUUUAACACAACUGAUGCUGUCUACACGGACCCUCUUGAAGUCACUCGUGACUCCAUGAUCAACACUUUCGCAUCAGUUGUCCCAACAACGGGAAACUCAGCGCCCUAUCUCCCCCGCUCCGUUCAGGUGGUAAUGGCAGCCGUUGUUUCCUGUGUGGUUUUCUUGACCAUCGUCGCCAACAUUCUCGUCAUCUUAUCCUUCUGCCGAUACAAGCAACUCCGGGGCUUCAACCAGUAUUUCAUACUCAGCCUUGCCGUGUCUGACUUGUUGGUCGGCUGUGUGGACAUGCCCCUGUACGGUGUGGUCUUCAUUCUGGGCUACUGGCCCUUUGGAGAGAUCUUUUGCGAUAUCUUCGUCUUCUGUGACCACACCUUCAGUCACUUUUCUGUGGUUUCAGCCGUCGUGAUCAGCUUGGACCGUUUUGUGGCUCUCACCAAGCCGUUCUUUCACCGUCACACUUGGCGAACAAAACGUAACGCCGCGUUGCUCAUCACCCUGACCUAUCUGGUGCCGGUCCUCAUCUGGUUACCCAUCACCGUACUCUGGCCCGUCUUUGCCGGCGGUCGGAACGUCCAGACAAACACCUGUCAGCCCCAGUAUGUCCAUAGCCUUGUCGUCAGCAUCCUGGCACCUGUGAUCUUCUUCUGGCUUCCCGUGACGGUGGUGAUUGUCCUCUACUACCACGUCCACAGGAGUAUCGACAACACACUGGGCAUAAUGAAGAAGAGAAAGACAGAACAGAUGCUGGGUUUGAGAUCGGCCGUAAGCCGGUGCGCCGAGACAAGCGCCGGUGAACGAUUCUCGGCAAUGACAGCGCCAAUAGGAGACCUCACCGUACCACCUGCUGGCAUAUCAGACAAAGAAAGAUCACAGCAGGAACCUCUAGGUAAUCUCAUCAAGCCCAAAUCCAAGACAAGUUUCAGGGAAGUGUCAGUGGUAGGGCUGGAAAAUGUAGGUUUCUCUGUCGCGGCAAGUAAAGAAGGCGAAGACCAAACCACAGAGGAGAUGAAAUGCCAAUCACUUCGUGGAUUACCGAGAUUUGACAGCGAGAACCGUAACAUAAAUGAACCCACCGUCAGACAUAAUGGCGCUCCAACCUUCCUUGAAGCCGAUCCUGAAAAUCUUGCUCACAACCAAGCAGCUGCGAUUGCUGAAUCUGACUCACCAGGCCCCAACGAGACCUCGUCCAGGAAAGAGGCACCGGCCACGGCCAGUGGGACCGCCCGGGCCUCGGAGGUCAGGUCCCGGACCGAGAACACCCGAGCGACUCGGAUGCUAAGCUUAAUCAUCGCGGCACUGAUCAUCACCUGGCUGCCGUGGGCCGUUCUCGUCAUCGUGAUCAAUAUUUGCCAAGACUGCCUGCCGGAGUUCCUCUAUGCGGUGAGUUUCGUGAGCGUCUUUCUGGGGUACAUGAACAGCACCCUGAACCCUUUUUGUUACGCCAUUGCUGACCGGCGAUUCAGGCGGGCGUUCAGGGAGAUCCUUCGCCAUCCGUGCGGUGCCAGCCCCGGCCCCGAUCCCUACUCCAUCAAUUACAGUGCCAAUGGCGUAGAUGGGCCCGUGAAAUGAGAAGACUAACGAUGAAUUGCAAAUUAACUUUGAAACGGAGUGCAUCGGGGCUAUAUCUUUUUUUGGUGAGGGUGAAACAGAAAAGGUUCUCAAUGUAAUCUAAUUAUUACGGCUUAACAUGAAAGCCUCGGCGCUUUUUUUGGCUGCUUAUUCAACAUUCGUUUAUCAUAACGGCCAUUCAGUUGACCAGCAGGAUUUGAAUCAUGUCACGUAAAGUCUGUCAAAAUGAGUUGCAUCAAUCUUUCACGUAGAAUAGUAUCCGACGAUUUGUAACUCCAUCCACAUUAAAAAUGAGUCAACGGUCGCCAAGUUUUGAGUAAAAACUUUCUUUUGUAAAUCUGGCACAAUGGAUGUCAGGGCAAUUUAUAUUUUCACCCAUCUGUACAUCUUAAUAUCCCCAUGGGGGAGUGUAAUUAAGUGGCUAUAGGGUUCGUUAAACCAUUGCUAUGACGUCACACUAUUGCUGAAAGUGUGGAUUCGCAUCUACGAAUCCCUUACAGAGAUGACGAGGAUUUAUUCAG